GUUUGUUUUUAUUGUUCCACAAACAUCAUAUAUCACAUACACACACACACAUUAAACAAAUUAUAUUAUAAUCCAAUGCUCAAGUUUUUAAUUACCACCGCCAUAAUAAUUAUCGUCGAUUCUUCUGUCGUCGUCGCCAUCAUCAUCUGUAAAAUUUUCAGCUAGGAAAAUUUAAAUUUAAUUCUUGCAUUUCCUUCUGGUUUUGAAACAACAACAACAACAACAACAACAAGUAUUGUUGCUGAUCUCAUUCGAAAACACAACAACAACAUAAUCAUCAACAGUCGAAUUUGAAAUAUUAAACUAUUCGAUCUACACACAUAUCGGCCACCAUUCAUUCAACACUAAUAAUAAUACUAAUUGUUUUGAAAUUCAAUUAGAAUAAAGAUGACCAUUUGUGGUCAACAAAGUAACCGAACACGGGACAAUUGUUUAAAUAAUUUAUCAUCACCAUUAUCAUUGAAUCGUAGCACGUCAUCAUUAUCAUCAUCAUCAUCAUCAACAUCAUCUAUAGAGAAUAUUCAUGAUCAUACUCAUAAUUCAUCAACAAUAAUUAUUGGUGAUAAUAAUCAACAAUUCUAUAAUAAUCCAUCAACAUCAUCAUCAACAGAUAAAAUUACAAUAAUGAAUACAAUAAAUCCAGAAACAUUAUUGGCACAUGAAAAACAUUUAUUUGGUACAACUGGUGGAACUGUAACUGUUGCUGGUAUUACUGGAAAUCAAUUAGCAAGUCAUUUAGGUCAAAUUGGUACAAGUAUUGCUGGUAUAUCUACCGGUAUAAAUCCAUCGUUCAGUAUGGCUGGUAGUCAUCAUUUACAUCAUCAUCAUCAUGCCACACAUCAUCAUCAUCAAAAUCAUCAUCAUAAUCAUCAUCAUCAACAACAGCAGCAACAACAGCAGCAGCAACAACAACAACAACAACAACAACAAUCAACAACAACAUUACAUUCCAUGACAGCACCAGGUUUCAGUAUACAUGGACAUUUAGUAACAACAACUGGUAUUGGUAAUAAUCUGAUAAAUAAUCGUCGUUUAUCGAAUCAAUCAUCAGGUGGUGGUGCACCAAAUACUAAUCAUCGAUUAACUAAAACACAACAACAGAAUAAACAAUUUCUUUGUCCAAUGUGUAAUAGAUUUUUCACACAAAAAGGAAAUCUCAAAACUCAUAUGAUGAUUCAUACGGGAGAUAAACCAUAUGUAUGCCAUGUUUGUGGAAAAAGUUUCACACAAAAAGGUAAUGUUGAUACACACAUACGUAUACAUACCGGAACAAAAGAAUAUGCAUGUGAACGUUGUGGAAGAAGUUUUACACAACGUGGUAAUCUUAAAACACAUAUGCGUUCAGUGCAUACGAAAGAGAAACCAUUUGCUUGUACUGUAUGUGGAAAGAGCUUUGCACAAAGGGGUAAUAUGCGUACACAUAUACGUACACAUAAUAAAGAUGAUCGAUUUCCAUGUGGCCUUUGUGGUAAAACAUUUUCACAGAAAGGAAACCUUAAAACACAUAUGCAAAGACAUGCCGGUACAUUACCUAAACGUUAUGGUCCAGGUGGACAACGUCGUCAAACUACAUCACGUUUAUUACAAGUACCAGCGGCUGCUAUUGCAAGUGGUGCACAAAGUGCAGCAGCAGCUGCUGCUGCAGCUGCAUACGCAAUUGCUGCUGCCGGAAAUGUAACAAAUCUUGAACGUAGUAGUCAAUCCGGUCAAAAUUUAACGACAGCAACAACAACAACAACAAGUCAACCACCAGCAUCAACAAAUUCUACCGGUAAUCAAACAAUGAAUCGUAAUAAUACACCAAUAUCACCGAAUAAUGAUCAUGAAUCACGAUCACCAACAGUAGUAACAACGACAGCGGCAACAACAUUGGCACAACAUAUAACGGCUGUAACAUUAAAUGGUGGAAAUCUACGAACACAAUCAUCGGUUUUAUCAAACGUUCAGAAUCUACAGGCAUCUCGAGAUCAACAGGAGGACAGUCCAUCUCUAUAUCCCGUUUCUUCUGAAACAUCAUUAUAUACACAAAGUCAUCCACUAAUAACAGCAUCACAACAUCAACAACAACAACUACAACAACAUCAGCAACAACAACAACAGAAUAUAAUGGCAGCAAAUAAUCAUAAUCAUCAUCCAUUUGCAAAUCUAACAACAGCACCGGCAGCAGCAGCUGCUGCUGCUGUAUUAUUAUCAUCAAGUUCGAGCUUUACAAAAGAUCAUAAGACAAAUCAUUUGCAUUUUAUGUCUAGUUUGUUUCAUUAGACAUUACACAUAUUAUCUUACAGCCACACCAUACAUCAAAUAUCAAUAAAUGCCGGUCCAAUAUUUGCCUAUUUUCAUCAAUGAAUAAAAAAAAGAUCUAGACCUCCCCAAAGAAACAUCAUUCCUUAUAAUUCUCAACAAUCAGCAACACCAGCCAUCAAUCAACAGAAUCAUAGUCAAUAAACCGACAAAAACAACAUAGCAGUAUAAGAAUUCAAAAUAAAAAUCAGCUUUAAAGUUACACUGCCUCGCGACCCUCGAUACUUAUCCACCACCGCCACCGCCAACACCACUACCCCACUCACACAAAAAAAACACAUUUACGAAAGAUGCAAAUAUAUUUGUAAUGAAAAUGUGUCAAAAAUACAACAAACAAACAAACGAACGACAAAACCGAAUUAUUCUAAUCUUAAUUUCGAAACAAAACAAAAAUUUCUUUUUCUCAAAAUUCAUCUCAUCAUUGAAUAUUAUAUGAAUCUCGUCAUUU